AUGCUUUCACAGUUCAUCACCUUCCUCGCCCUCACAGGCUGCGCAGCCGCUGCGCCCAACCCCAGAGCCGCAAAGUGCACAUCCUACACCAUAAUCAACACCCGCGGCACCGGCGAAAUCCAAGGUCCCUCGGCUGGCUUCCGCACCAUGAACUCCCAGAUCACAUCCCAACUCCCCGGCGGCAAGAUCUACAACACCGUGUACCUCGCCGGCUACGACCAAAACUCCGCGCAAGGCACCCAAGACAUCAUCCGCGAGGUGAACAGUGUCUUGGCGUCCAACCCUAGUGAAUGCUUCAUUCUAGAGGGUUACUCCCAGGGCGCUGCGGCGACUGUGAACGCGCUGCCGCAGCUGACGGGGAGUGCUGGGGAUGCUGUCAAGGGGGUCUUCCUGAUUGGUGAUCCGUUGCAUAAGAGCGGGUUGGCGUGCAAUGUUGAUAACAAUGGGGGAACGACGACGAAGAAUGUUAAUGGGCUUGAGGCUUUUGGGGGAGGGGGUAUUCCCCAGAACUGGAUCUCUCGCACGCUUGAUGUUUGCAUCUUUGGCGAUGGAGUCUGUGAUACGACGCAUGGGUUUGGUAUCAAUGCUCAGCACCUUCAGUAUCCGACUGAUGCGGCGACUCAGAAACUUGGAACAACUUUUGUUGUCAAGCAGUUGAGUGGGUAA